ACACCUUCCUUGUGCCCCCAUUGCCCCCUGCAUCGUGUUCCUGCAGAAGCUGGAGGCGUGGUGGAUGCCGGCUCCCACCAUGGUUCGGUGGCUUGUCAUUAGCAACUCGCACGUGCUCAAGACAGCCCUUCGACUCAAGUACCCUGACAAGGUGUGUGCUCCUCUCCCUCUUUCGAGUCAAGCCGAAGGUUUCAGGUGA